AUGAAUCCCACCUCAACGCUCCCAACCCUUCCAGACGUCCCCAUCGUGUUUCCGAAUGCCGACCCUGGCUUCAUCGAAGAAAAUCUGCUCCUCGACUGGAUGACGCGUCUCAGUACACGCGCAAAGACACACAUUGCCAGUGCCGCAAAGAAAGGCCACCAGACGAAUGUCACGACCUUUCUGCAGGACAUCAUACAACAUCUACCAAGUGCAUCGACCACCGUUGAGCAGUCACGACGGGUGAUACUACAGAAUCUGCAGACAAACAGACCGCCGGAUCCUCCCCAACGCCGCAAAUCCGUGCCGCUCCUCCCUCUCAAGCGGGCAAGCAAACGCGAACCAUGUGACGAUGACCGAGAAGGAACCUCGGAGUCAAGCGCAACCUUGGUCCAUCGCCGACCUCGACGUUACAGCCCUCCUUCACUAUUCAUUGGUCACGGACCCACAAACUCGCGCCACCUACACAUUGCGUAUCGACCCGCUGAAGAAUUGUCCGAUAUAGUAAAUCCAGCAGAGCUUACGAUCGAUCCACGCCAGACCAACGUGGCAACAUCGAGUCCAACUUCAAUGGCCCUCAGGCCAAGUACUUCAUUUGUGACUCCCUCUCCGAACUUGCCUCAGCGCGAAAACGGGGUGGUCUACCAACAACAACCUUGGGAACAGCAUUGGGAUUGGAAUUUGGCGUCUCAGGUCGCCUCUCCGUCGCCAGAGCGCCCUCGACUGCGCGACACCGCUCUUGUACCUUCUUCGAGCCCACUUGUUCCACCCACAAGCUCUCCCACCGUCGUCUGCCCCACUUCCCCCCUUGCGGCGUUUGCACCGUCAUCUCCUGUCAUGUUAUUUCCAGGCUCGAGUUCGCCGACCAGAGGGCUGAAGCGAGCCCGCUCUCCCGACGAAAGUGAUUCAGAGAGUGGAGAUCCACGACAUCCAUUGCAGUAUUCGCGUUCUGCUCCCGCAGCUGUGUCGACGCCGAAACGACGAAAACGCGCUUAUUCCAGUCCGAUUUCCUCUCCUAAAAGAGGCCCGACUAUAAGCGACGCGGUUGAAGCUGUUGGGGAGCAAGAAUAUAUCUCAGAUAACGGGGAGUCGAGCUCCCCGUCUAGUUCGACCUCUUCCGCCAGCCCGAUGGCUUCGCCAACGGUUGACCUGACAUCUUUUCGCGCCAGAGUCAGGGCUAAUUCGUUUCGGGCCUCGGCAAUGCGGGGGUUUACGAUGCCAACAUGGAGCCCUGCGAGUAAUGACUCGAAAGCUACUCCACCUAAAGAAGAGCCGGCCAGUCCUCAUGUCGGUGUUGUAACUCGCCGCGCUGCCGCUGCUGCCUUAGCCGCCUCGUCAACACCCGCGCAUACCCCUCAGCGUGGGCGUGGGCGUGGGCGAGGCAGGGGGUGA